CAUAACGCUACAUUCCGGAAGUGGCCAUCUUUAGCAGUGCAUGUGUGUUUUCAUUGUAUUCUCUAACCGUAGACAAUGUCACGAGGAAGCAGCGCAGGCUUUGAUCGUCACAUCACAAUAUUUUCACCAGAAGGACGUUUAUAUCAAGUUGAGUAUGCUUUCAAAGCUAUCAACCAAGGUGGCCUGACAUCAGUUUCUGUUCGCGGCAAGGAUAGUGCUGUUGUUGUGACCCAGAAGAAAGUACCAGAUAAACUUUUAGAUGCAAGCACAGUGACACAUUUGUACCAGCUCACAGAGAACAUUGGCUGUGUGAUGACAGGAAUGGUUGCUGAUAGUAGAUCUCAAGUACAAAGAGCAAGGUAUGAAGCAGCUAACUGGAGGUAUAAAUAUGGCUAUGAAAUCCCAGUAGAUAUGCUUUGUAAGAGGAUAGCAGAUAUCAACCAAGUUUACACCCAGAGUGCAGGAGUACGUCCUUUAGGUUGCACAAUGAUUCUCAUUGGAUAUGAUGAUGAAAAUGGACCUCAGAUAUACAAGACAGACCCAGCUGGUUACUACUGUGGCUACAAGGCCACUGCAGCUGGGGCUAAACAAUUGGAGGCCAACAGCUUUCUAGAAAAGAAGAUCAAAAAGAAACAAGACUUUGAUUUUAAUGAGACUGUGGAGAUGGCAAUUACCUGUCUUUCUACAAUAUUGUCAAUUGACUUCAAGCCCUCUGAAAUUGAAGUGGGUGUGGUUGAUGUAGAACACCCCAAAUUUAGAGUUUUGACAGAGGAAGAGAUAGAUAGACAUCUGGUGAGAAUAGCAGAGAAAGACUAAGUGAAACCAUAGCAAGAAAUACAUUGACUAAAAUCUAGAUGGUUUGAAAAAAUUGACUGUCCUGUGAUGAAGCAGUUUUUUUCCUUAUUCUAUGACAGUGUCAUUUUAGUGGACCAUCAUUGAAAACACUGAGCCAUGCUUAUAGAAUUAGAACCAAGAUGGAACCACUUUUUGUCAGUCUCUUUUCUACUGAAAACUUGAUGUAAAACAUGGAAGUUUUAUAGUUCAUGAUUAAUUGAGUGACCAAUUAUAAUACUACAAGAGGCAGAUGUCCCUUGCUUUAAGUUUCCUUGAACUUCUGUUGUGUCUGCCAUUAGUGAAUAAAUAUCAUAUCAAUCUUCUCAGUUUCA